UUAAAGGACACACCCAUUUCUAGAAGUCAUGCAAAACUCUCUUCCAAGAAAUGCGUUGCCCACUCUACACCUCCAGCCACAGGAUCUGGAGAAAGAUGAUUGUAGGCGCUGAGAACACUUUAGCCAACAAAGAAGAGUUCUGUUAUCUGUGGUGCAGUACCUAAGGCACGGCCGAAGAUUGUGGAGUUCUAGAAGUAUUUCCAACUGCCAGGGAAGAAAGUGAUAGAAGGUCCUGCCUAGCCUGGCUAUUCAGAAGAACACAUCCCUUGCUUCCAAGAAUCUGAGUAGUCUGGUUAAAUAAGGCCUGGAAGAAACGCUGGUUUAUACUGCGGAGCGGCCGGAUGAGCGGCGACCCAGAUGUUCUGGAAUACUACAAGAACGAGCACGCCAAGAAACCCCUGCGGAUCAUCAACCUGAACUUCUGCGAGCAGGUGGACGCGGGCCUGACGUUCAACAAGAAGGAGCUGCAGGACAGUUUCGUGUUCGACAUCAAGACCAGCGAGCGCACUUUCUACCUGGUGGCCGAGACAGAGGCCGACAUGAAUAAGUGGGUCCAGAGUAUCUGCCAGAUCUGCGGCUUCAACCAGGCCGAGGAGAGCGCAGACUCCCUGAGAAACCUCUCUUCAGCCAGCCACGGUCCCCGCUCCUCCCCAGCUGAGUUCAGCGGCUCCAGUCAGCACCUGCUCCGAGAAAGAAAGUCCUCCGCCCCUUCCCACUCCAGCCAGCCCACUCUGUUCACGUUUGAGCCUCCCGUGUCAAGCCACAUCCAGCCAGCCUUGUCCACCAGUGCGCCUCAGGAGUACCUCUACCUACACCAGUGCAUCAGCCGAAGGACGGAAAAUGCAAGGAGUGCCAGCUUCUCUCAGGGCACCCGGCAGAAGAGUGAUACGGCCGUGCAAAAAAUUGCCCAGGGCAAUGGACACUGUAUCAACGGAGUCAGCGGCCAAGUCCACGGCUUCUACAGCCUCCCCAAGCCAAGCCGACACAACACGGAAUUCAAAGACAGUACUUACGACCUCCCCCGUAGCCUGGCUUCUCACAGCCACACCAAGGGCAGCCUCACAGGGUCCGAGACAGAUAAUGAGGAUGUGUACACCUUCAAGACACCCAGCAACACCCUGUGUCGGGAGUUCGGAGACCUCCUAGUGGACAAUAUGGAUGUUCCAACCACACCCCUCUCAGCCUACCAGAUUCCUAGAACGUUCACACUGGACAAGAACCACAAUGCCAUGACGGUAGCCACUCCUGGAGACUCAGCCAUAGCUCCCCCACCCCGGCCCCCCAAGCCAAGUCAGUCAGAAACACCUCGGUGGGGCAGCCCUCAGCAAAGACCUCCAAUCGGUGAAAAUAGCAGAUCCGUAGCUGCUACCAUCCCCAGGCGCAAUACCCUCCCCGCAAUGGACAACAGCCGACUCCACCGAGCUUCCUCCUGUGAGACCUAUGAGUACCCAACACGAAGUGGGGAGAGCGCCAGCUGGUCUGCCGAAUCUCCAGGGAAGACUAUCGUGGGUCGAUCAGACAGUACCAGCUCUGAUGACAACUACGUGCCCAUGAACCCAGGUUCUUCUACCCUGCUGGCUAUGGAACGAGCAGGGGACAAUUCCCAAAGUGUCUACAUCCCCAUGAGCCCAGGGCCCCACCACUUUGACCCACUUGGCUACCCCUCCACUGCCCUUCCUAUCCAUCGAGGCCCCAGCCGAGGAAGUGAGAUCCAGCCACCCCCGGUCAAUCGCAACCUCAAGCCCGACCGGAAAGCAAAGCCAACGCCCCUUGACCUGAGAAACAAUGCUGUCAUCGAUGAGCUCCCCUUCAAGUCACCUGUCACCAAGUCUUGGUCCAGGAUCAACCACUCCUUCAACUCCACCUCCUCCCAGUACUGCCGCCCCAUCUCCACACAAAGCAUCACCAGCACAGACUCGGGAGACAGCGAGGAGAACUAUGUCCCUAUGCAAAACCCAGUGUCUGCGUCCCCCGUUCCCAGCGGCACCAACAGCCCGGCUCCGAAGAAGAGCGCCGGCAGUGUGGAUUACCUAGCCCUGGACUUCCAGCCCGGCUCCCCGAGCCCUCACCGCAAGCCAUCCACCUCAUCUGUCACCUCGGACGAGAAGGUAGACUACGUCCAAGUGGACAAGGAGAAGACGCAGGCCCUGCAGAACACCAUGCAGGAGUGGACAGACGUGCGGCAGUCCUCAGAGCCUUCCAAGGGUGCCAAGCUGUGAUGGCACGGGGCGGCUGCUCAGCGCCGGCCUCUGCCACCUCCUUCUCCGUCCCUGCCCACACCUCCUCUCUUCUGGGCCACCUUCCAGCCUUUAAAGCACUCAAAGUCAGGGACCCUGACCCGUCCCCCUUGGAGGCAAGGGUCUGAUGGAGACACUGCCUCUGCCACCAGGGAUCCACCCGUGACUUCUGUCAAUACUACUAGCUGUGCCUCCGCAACCUUAGUUAGGAGCUGUUGCCAAAAAAAAAAAAAAAAAAAAAAAAAGAAAAAAAGAAAAAAAAUCCUCCUGCUUUGGACCCAUUUGUCUGCUGCUUGGACUCGGAGGGAGGGCUGAGGCUCUGAGCCAGGCUCACGCCUCCUGUCUGCUCACUGCUCUCUACCCUCUACCUCAGGGCCGCUUCUCCAUCCCUCGAGGAUGCUAACCGGGGAGCCGAGGACCAGCAGACUAAAGUAGAUGUGGGCUUUCAUAUCCUUGCCAUUUGGGGCGAGGGAAAGACAAGAUGCCAGAAGAAGAAGAAUGAAGGUCAGACGUCACCUUGAGUGACAAAGGAAUUAGGUAGCUGGUCACCUGCAGGGUGGAACCCAGGAUCAGGUUCUGGUACGCCGCCUGCUGCAGGCUGGGAGAGGCUAAGGAUGAAGGACAGGAGGAAGGAAAACUCAAUGACCGGCAACCAGGAACAACAAAGAACAGGGCUUGGGGUGACAAACCCCCUGGGACAGGCAGUGAGACAGAGUGGGAAAGAAAGUAGGGGUGAGGCAGGGGGACCCUGGGAUGGGGUGUGGUAGGCAAGGAGCAACGCAGGGACACUGGCAGCGACGGCACAGGAAGGUUUCUAGGAGGUAGGAGGGUGCAGAGGUGGCUGAGGAGCUGGGGAGGCAGGCUUGUCCCAAGGGCCUGAUGGUGAGCCCAAGGCCACAUGCAGGGGUAUAGCAGGAAGCAGGAUGGGAAGGAGCCACACUUAAUCAAAUCUAGGGACCACAUGGGUCAUGGCUUGUGCCCGACAGAGGCACCUCUGACCAAGGGACCAGCCAGAUCUUCUCAGCUCCCUUCUCUGCAGGGAUGGUCGAGAGUAUCCCUCUCCUCCCACGCGGCAGAGGGAUGAAAAGCAGACGUUCCCUAAGGCUCCUAAGAUAUGGCAGGGAGAUCUGAAUGUGUUUGUGUGAAAUUCAGAGAAAACGGGGCAAACCAUCAUUUCAUUCUGUCCUGGAUGAGCAGACCACUGUCCUCUAAAACCAGGGCCUUUCAGCAACCAGGGGCACACCUUACCUCCCCCUCAGUAAUCCCAGGAGGAUGGGUUAUUUAGUAAUGGCUACCAAGCCCUGUGCUACAGAUGAAACCUACCUUGUCCCUAACUGGAGGUCACAAUCAGUGAGAAAAGUAAGACAAAGACUAGGAAUUUUAAAGUACAGAGGAAGGGGAGGGAGACUGUGCCCUGGGGAGGGAGGCCUCAGGGGGAGAGCAGAGUGAGUCUUACAGAAAGGUAGGUGGGGCUGGGUCCCAGAGAAGACAGAAGAGAACAGAAGGUGUUUGAAGGUGUGAAGCCAGCCGCAGAAGUGUGUGCUGUCCCCCUUGAGUGAGAGGGGGCUGUGGUUGGUUACACUGAACAGGGUUACAGGGUACUGGCUUUCCCUGAUUCUCAUGGUACCCUUUUAAGACUCUCCAACAGGGCUCCCAUGUGUCCAAGCUCUGGCUGAUACUGCUGAAGCUCACAGCAGGUCCAGGUAUCCCUGACCUCAGCAGCCGCCCCGGAGUGCGUGUUCUGAGCUGAGUGUGGAACUGGCUGCCAUUUAUCAAGACUGAAUCAGGUGUUCAAGUCUAGUUAGUCUUGCUCUGGUUCCAACUCCUAACCAUGUCUAAUAAACCUACCAACCCAUCCUCCAACCCCCGAAUAGGAAAAA